AUGUUGCCUUUAAUAGUACUUUUACUCAGUCUCGGUCCAUUUCUGCUUCUUUUAAAUUAUUUCAAAUGGGAAGCAGAAGAUAGAAAAAUUGGAAUUUCUGGACCUCGAAGCACUUUACUCCUCGGAAAUAUCCCAGAUUUGUGGAAAGACAUCAAAAAUAAGACAGUUUUUAAAAAAGCAACUGAACUUUGUGAUGAAUUUGGCGAUACUUACCGCUUAAGAAUCGGUUCAAAGCUUGUUAUUUUAACAAGAGACGUGAAAAUCAUCGAAAACAUCAUUCACAAUCCGAAAUUCGUAAAAUCCGAUGAUUAUCGGUUCUCACGUGACUGGUUGGGAAACGGCUUGAUUCGUUCUUCGGGCGAACAUUGGCAUAAAUUUCGUAAAUUAAUUACGCCAGCGUUUCAUUUUAAAAUUCUGGAACGAUUUGUGGCAGUUUUUGAGGAACAAACAGACGUGCUGAUACAAAAUUUGAAGGAAUUGUGUGAAGAUAGGGUCGUAGAUGUGGUGCCAAUUUUUCAUGCAUUCGCCUUGGAUGUCAUUUCGGAGUCGGCGAUGGGAGUAAAGUUGAAUUCUCAAUCGGAUCCGGAUAAUAAAUUUUUACAAGCGACACAAGAACUUCUUCACUUCAUGGGAAUGAGAUUUUUUAGUCUUCUUCACAGCAAGGACUGGUUUUGGAAAAAUUGUCCAUCAGGAAAACGUGAAAAAGAGCAAAUCGCGUAUAUUCACAAUUUUGUAGACAAAAUAAUUGAUAAUCGUCGAACGGAGUUGCUUGUUCAAAAUGGCGAUGGACUGCGAGAAAUGGACAAGGAACGUCCCGUGCUGCUUGAUAUUCUUCUAAAAUCCGAGUUGGAUGGAAAGCCGUUGAGUAAUGAAGACAUACGAGCAGAAGUUAAUACUUUUAUGUUUGCUGGUCACGAAACCACCGGAACAACCCUUGGCUUCCUCAUUUACGUUCUUGCCAAAUACCCAGAAGUCCAGAAAAAAGUCUUUCAAGAGAUUUGUGACUUAAAUUUACAUGUAAAAACCAGUCCUUUAACGAUGCGCGCUGCCAACAGCUUAAUUUACGCUGAAAAUGUCAUCCGGGAAACUUUACGCUUGUACCCGAUUUUGUCCGGGGCUCACAAAAAAUGCACAGAAGACAUUCGGAUCGGAAAUUUAUUCAUUCCAGCGAAUGUUUCUGUCGUCACGCUCAUUUACGCGAAUCAUCAUAACCCAAAAUAUUUCGAAAAUCCUGAAAAAUUCGAUCCUGACCGAUGGAACAAGGAAAUUUCUUCGGAAGAACGGAAUCCAUUAGCUUACCAACCAUUUUCUGCCGGGCUGCGGAACUGCAUUGGACAAAAAUACGCCGUUUUAGAGCUAAAAGUCGUCAUGAUAAAGUUAUUACGUGAAUUUCACAUCGAACUGGGGUACGAAGACUUCACUGUUGAUAUGGCACAAAGUAGUUUGCUUUACUCACGAAAUGGCGUGCAGAUUAAAUUCCGAAAAAGGCAGCUUUAAAUUUGAAUUUAAAUAAUUCAAUAAAACAAAAUGCGGAAUAGCACACAUUUUAAAGUCACAAAAUGUUUUAUUUUUAUUGUUUUACGACACAUCGACGCGCACACACACACACACAUGUUAGCGCCAUAAAAUGCCAUGCGGAGAGUGUUAG